AUGAUGGUGUUCUCUGGUGGGAAGUCGACUAAGGCACCCGCACUAUUUGACAUAAGAAUUAAAUCGGCAGAUCAUGACGUGAUUGUUGUGAAGGGCGCUCCACAUGAAGCUGCCUCAGUACUCCUUUCUGGAACGAUUGUCCUGUCAGUAUCAGAACCUAUGCAAAUAAAGAAACUAAACCUCAGAUUGUAUGGAAUGCUUCGUCUUAAUGUCACGACAACAUAUCGUGGCCCUAAAGGACCAGCUCAAAGAAGCCUCAAAUAUGAUAAAAGGUUUUUCGAGCAUGUUUGGGAUAACAUAAACAUACAAGACUAUUUCAAAAACCUCUACGAUAAUUACGGAUCGCAAAGGUCAAUUAUAAGCAAGACUAGUUCAAUGACUAAUAUUCCAAGACUACAUCAUAAAGCGAAGUCGACUACUUCACUGAUGUCGCUAGGAGCCACUACUCCUUCGGGAAGCUCUCAUAUUCUCGUUCAGGGUAACUAUGAAUUUCCAUUUAGUGCAAUCCUUCCAGGUUCUGUAACAGAGAGUGUAGAGGGAUUACCAAAUGCCUCUGUAAUUUAUAAGCUACAAGCUACCAUUGAAAGAAGUAAAUUCGCCACUGACCUAAUUUGCAAGAAACAUUUGAGAGUUGUACGUACUCUGACUCCAGACUCCAUUGAGCUCAGCGAAACAAUGUCGGUCGACAACACUUGGCCUAAUAAAGUUGACUACUCUAUAUCGGUUCCCGGAAAGGCGAUCGCCAUUGGCUCUGCGACGACUAUUCACAUCUUGAUUGUCCCACUUUUGAAAGGUCUCAAACUAGGACCUAUCAAGAUUUCGCUGGUGGAAUAUUCCUCUUAUUGUGCGCCAUACGGUGCUGCUAAUAGUCAAGAGAGAAUCGUGAAUAAAAUCAAGCUUUCGGAUCCCCUCAAUCAUUUAAAGAAGGAAAGCGAUGAUCUUGAUCGUGAUUUUGCAUUUCAGGAUAAGUGGGAGGUGGACACACUUUUUACAGUACCUCCUAGUUUGUCGAAAUGUACUCAGGAUUGUAACAUUUUGUCCAAUAUUAAGGUUCGUCACAAACUAAAAUUUGUGAUUUCAUUGAUAAACCCUGAUGGACAUAUAUCAGAACUCAGGGCUUCAUUACCCGUUCAAUUGUUCAUUUCCCCAUUUGUAGCAUUGGGUGUAAGAGCGACAGACUCCUUGGACAGUAGCGCAAGCGUGUCUGGGCACGAAACUGAUAUGGAAGAUGGCGAUAAUGAAAUGAUUUUUGCUAACACGAUGUCAGAAAUUGACUUGACUGCAGUUUCGGCCCAAAGCGCUUCGGGGACACCUGUUCCAAGUGCCUCCUCAAACUUCUUAGCUCCUCCAAAUUAUGGCAACCACAUAUACGACCGUCUGUGGAGCGAAAUCGCAUUAGAUGAUACACCAGUGAAUUCAGGAAGACAGUCACCGGUAGAGUCAGGUCAAGAAUCUGUAAUGAACAGUCAACAGAAUUUGAACGCGCUCCAGCAGGGACUUCAGAGAUUACAUGUUGAACGAGAAACAGAAGCUCCAAAUGAAGUAGGACUUCAGGAAUCAUAUUCCAGUGAGGGUACUACAGGUGGGGGGAAUGACCAAGGAAUAAGUUUUCAGCCUAGAGUCAUUCCUCGUGCGAGUACAUCACUAUCGCUAUCAGCUGCAGCCCAAAGUGAUUAUUUUGCUAUGCCUGUACCUCAUCACGUCCAAAGCCUCUUGAGCAUUCCAGCGGGGCUGAACUCCCCUGCACCAAUGCUAUCGCCUGGUAUUGACCACAUCUCACGGUCCAAUUCAUUUUAUGGACCACAGAUGUCAUCACCUGCAAAGGGCGAUUGGAAGUUGAACACUCUAAGCAGGGUACCCUCUUACGAGAAUGCCAUGAAAUCUGAUCCUUUUCCGGUUGAUUUACCACCAGCUUAUCCAGAUGAGGAGAUUGGAGAUCGUACUUAUGAGCUCGAGAAACCAAAGCUGGCCCACCAAAAGUCGCUAACGCUUCAAAAGACUAAUAGCGGCACCCAAUUGUCGCAUGCUGCGCUUUCUAGGAAUAGCUCUUCAACUUCACUUCCUAAAAUGCAGCUUUCUAGGACCAACACAGGGGGAUCUAACGUUUCGGUCAAUUCUGUAUCUGGAACCAAUGUUAAAAGCGGCACAGCUAGCAAAUUUUUUGGAUUUGGUAUGACACCCCUCGGAAAUAAAGAUAGCGAAUACUCUGGAUCUCAGACAAGAUUAGACCAUGUGACUUCACCACCCUUGCCCCUGCAGAGGUCAUCUUCUCGAGGAACAUUAAGUGCAUCUAGUAGAUCGGGUUCGCUGGUAAAUUUGAAAAACUUCCUGCAUAAGAAAGAAAAAAAAUGA